AUGCCCGAAAAUGAAGAACAGUGGCUAUGCGAAUCCAAGAAAUUUGAAGAGAAGUGGGACUUCCCCCAUGCUGUUGGAGCCAUCGACGGAAAGCAUGUAGCAAUACAAUGUCCGCCCAAAAGCGGGAGCGAAUACUUCAACUACAAGUCCUUUUUCAGUUUUGUAUUAUUUGCGCUUGUCGACGCUGAUUAUAACUUCAUGUUUGUGGACGUUGGAUGUCAAGGCAGGAUUUCAGAUGGUGGAGUUUUCAAAAAUUCUCAGUUGUACGACAAUAUUGAAAAGGGCAACUUGAAACUUCCCCCACCAUCUCCACUGCCGAAUUCGAGUAUCCCCAGCCCGUACGUCAUUUUGGGGGACGAUGCUUUUGCAUUGAGUGACAGUUUGAUGAAACCGUACUCUGGUUAUCAUCCACAAGGGUCCCCAGAAAGAAUUUACAAUUACCGAUUGAGCCGGGCCAGAAGGGUGGUAGAGAAUGCUUUUGGCAUUUUAGCUUCUGUGUUUCGUGUGCUAAGGAAACCUUUGCUUUUGGAAACUGAGAAACGCCAAGUGGGUUGUAAUGGCCUGCGUUUACCUCCACAAUUUUCUACGUAG